AUGGCAACCACCGUAGUACCGGCGGGGCGGAGCGCAAGGAGGGCGGCGGCGGAGGAUGAAAAGUUAGUGUUUGAAACGACGGAGGGAAUAGAACCUGUAGCAAGUUUCGAUGAGAUGGGAUUAAAAGAUGGUGUGUUGAGAGGAAUUUAUAAUUAUGGAUUUGAAAAGCCAUCAGCGAUACAACAAAGAGCUUUGAUGCCUAUAAUUAAAGGACGUGAUGUUAUAGCACAAGCUCAAUCUGGUACUGGAAAGACCUCUAUGAUUGCCCUUACUGUUUGCCAGCUUGUUGAUACUGCUAGCAGAGAGAUCCAGGCAUUGAUAUUGUCUCCUACAAGGGAACUGGCUGAGCAGACACAGAGAGUAAUAACUGCAAUUGGUGAAAACAUUAAUAUACAAGUACAUGCAUGCAUUGGAGGCAAAAGCGUGGGAGAGGAUAUUCGAAAACUAGAAAAUGGAGUUCAUGUUGUCUCUGGAACUCCAGGCAGAGUUUGUGACAUGAUCAAGAGGAGGUCAUUACGUACUAGAGCCAUCAGAGUACUAGUUCUCGAUGAAUCUGAUGAGAUGUUGAGCAGAGGGUUCAAGGAUCAAAUUUAUGAUGUGUACAGAUAUCUUCCACCCGAGCUUCAGGUUGUCUUGAUUUCUGCUACUCUUCCAAAUGAAAUUUUGGAGAUGACUGGUAAGUUCAUGACAGAUCCUGUGAAGAUUCUUGUGAAACGUGAUGAGUUGACUUUGGAGGGCAUCAAGCAAUUUUUUGUUGCCGUGGAAAAAGAAGAUUGGAAAUUUGAGACUCUGACCGACCUUUAUGAUACUCUGACCAUCACUCAAGCUGUUAUUUUCUGCAAUACAAAGCGGAAGGUUGAUUGGCUAACUGCCAAGAUGGUCGAAUUUAACUUUACCGUCUCAUCAAUGCAUGGGGACAUGCCUCAGAGGGAGAGAGAUGCAAUUAUGUCUAAUUUCCGUCUGGGUGAAACUCGUGUACUGAUCACAACUGAUGUUUGGGCUCGUGGGCUUGAUGUUCAACAGGUUUCUUUGGUGAUCAACUAUGACCUUCCAAACAAUCGAGAGCUUUACAUUCAUCGAAUUGGUCGUUCUGGUCGUUUUGGACGCAAGGGUGUUGCCAUUAAUUUUGUCAAAAGUGAUGACAUCAGGAUUUUAAGAGAUAUUGAGCAGUAUUACAGCACCCAGAUUGACGAGAUGCCUAUGAAUAUCGGUGAUCUGAUAUAA